AUGAGUCCCAUGCUGCCAAAAACUGCACAGACUGACGUGCCAAAGACGGACAAAAACGGAGAGAAGAUGUACACUGCGACUGAGGUCCAGAAGUUGGGCGAAUUGUAUGCAGCCCAGGUCCAGCGCCGCUUACAGAUUGUCAAGAUUGUCAUUCCCCGAGCGGAAUCACUGAGACGAACACUCUGCUAUGCGGAGUUGAAAGCCACAUUCGCUAUCUUCGCGAGUUGA